GAUGACCCAGGCGUGCCACCGCAAGUGCGUCCCGCCGCUGUACAAGGAGUCGGAGCUGUCCAAGGGGGAGUGCGUGUGCCUGGACCGGUGCGUGGCCAAGUACCUGGAGGUGCACGAGCGGAUGGGCAAGAAGCUGACGGAGCUGUCGCUGCAGGACGAGGAGCUGCUCAAGCGGAUGCAGCAGGGCAGCGGCAGCGCCUGAGCCCCCCAACCUGCACCCCAAUAAACCGGGGGCGCUGGGCCCCCUCGCCCCCCAAACCCA